GCAUGGCCCGCAGGCUUAUGGGAAAUGUAGUCUCGAAGUCCGACGGACCGCUCCUCGGAGGACCCUGGGAGGGCGAGCAGCUCCUGCAGCUGCGCAUGUGCAAGGCUGUGAGCGCACCCGUAGCUGCCCUUCCCCCCACCUCUAGCCGCGAGUGGGUGACAGGCCCCCGGUUUCCGCGUGUCUUCGCCGCCCCACGCCGUGACCCAGCCUGGCUCUGAGCCACGAGUGGAGACUGUGCCCCUCUAGGUCUGCUUUCAUAUCUACCUUUAUCCAAAAACUGCAGAAAAUGAACAAAUCCCAGAAUGAAUAGCAAUAUGCCAUUUCAGGGAUCAGUCUCAUUCACGGAUGUGACUGUGGACUUCACCCAGGAGGAAUGGGAGCAGUUGGACCCGUCUCAGAGGAUCCUGUACAUGGAUGUGAUGUUGGAGAACUAUAGCAACUUGCUGUCAGUGGAGGUGUGGAAGGCUGACGACCAAGUGGAGAGGGGGCACAGCAACCCAGAGGAGCAGACGAGGCCGUUUAUAAUCUUUAAGAACCAAACCCCAAUUGAGGAAAGAAGUGAUCUCUUCGAAAACUCAUUCAAUCUGAGCACAGACUUUGUUUCUUUAAGACAAGUACCCUAUAAAUAUGACUUAUAUGAAAAAACUUUGAAAUAUAGUUCAGACUUACUUAAUGGUACCAGCUACAUAAGGAAGCAAGCUGAUGACUAUAAUGGAUUUGGAAAAGCACUUUUCUAUCUAAAGCAAGAGAAAACCCAUACUGGAAUGGAGUACGCCCAAUAUAACAAAAGUAGAAAAGCCUUUGGCCAUAAAGAAGCCAUUUUUAAACAUCAGAAAGUUAGAAAUUUGGUACAACCUUUCAUUUGCAAUUACUGCGACAAGACUUUCUCCUUUAAGUCACUCCUCAUCAGUCACAAGAGAAUACAUACUGGAGAAAAACCUUAUGAAUGUAACGUAUGUAAGAAAACCUUCUCCCAUAAGGCAAACCUCAUUAAGCACCAGAGAAUUCAUACCGGGGAGAAGCCCUUUGAAUGUCUUGAGUGUGGAAAAGCUUUCACCCACCAGUCAAACCUCAUUGUGCACCAGAGAGCACACAUGGAGAAGAAGCCGUAUGAGUGCAGUGAGUGUGGCAAGACAUUUGCCCAGAAGUUCGAACUUACUACACACCAGAGAAUCCACACAGGGGAGCGACCCUAUGAGUGUAAUGAAUGUGCAAAAACCUUCUUCAAGAAAUCAAACCUCAUCAUACAUCAGAAAAUCCACACGGGGGAGAAACGCUAUGAGUGCAGCGAAUGUGGGAAAUCCUUUAUCCAGAACUCGCAACUCAUCAUACACAUGAGGACUCACACAGGGGAGAAGCCCUACCAGUGUACAGAAUGCGGCAAAACGUUCAGCCAGCGGUCGACUCUUAGGUUACACUUGCGAAUCCAUACGGGGGAGAAACCAUAUGAAUGUUCUCAGUGUGGGAAGGCCUUCAGCAGGAAGUCCCGACUCAGUGUGCACCUAAGAGUUCAUAUAGAUGACAAACCCUGAGACUGCAGCCAGGGGGACUGUGCAGAAGCCUUCCACCAGAGCCCUUCCGGGGGGAGAAACCUCCUGAGGUACUGAAGGAGCAUGGGAAUUCUUACUCAGAUAUCACCUAUCAACUCAGAAACGUAAAAACAGGGUCCCCUAGGAACACCGGUAUACUGAAAGAUAUGAUAUCCAACUAAAGAAUACAUAUCAGAAUAUGUCCAGUUGUAAAUAGGUACACUUAACUAUUACAGUGAGCUUUUUAAAGUCUCAAUUAUUCAAGAGAAAAGUAUUCUGGGAAGCAGCAGAAAGGAUCUACAGACAAUACCUAGGGAUUUAGUGGUACACAAUUUUGCCACAAAAACACAAAAGUAUAUUUUAGAUCUGCAUGUGUGAAUGUAACAGUCACUGGAAGUUUGAAAUUCUAGUCCUCUGUAAUAAUUCGGACAUAUCAAAAGAUUUUCCAUAUUAAAUACCACAUUUUUUUUCAGUAUCUUUACAACUCAGUAUGCAUUCCAGAUGAAAUAUGGAACAGAUUUUGAAGUAGCAUGUAACACGUUUUCUACUGCUUGCGGGCGUAUAUAAGUUGGCAUGGCCAUUGUUAUUGAGCUGCCUCAUAAUAAACAAGACAAUGUUGAAGUUUUAACCUGCUUCUGGGCUUGCUGAAGAAUUUCUAGAAGCAUUACUUACAUAAAUAUGCAAGUAGAUAAUUAAGAGGAGGUUUGGAGAGUAAAAGGAGGCAGCUAUGGGCUGUGUUACUCAGUACAUACCACAGAUAAAAAUGGGCUAAAGAGAACCCACAUCCAUCAUGCUGCUGUUUUCCAGGAGGAUGUUUACAUACAGAUGCAUGUCAAUUACCAAAAUGUUGUAUAACCCAGAGACCACCUGUAUUUUUGUUUCCCUGUUUCUCUUAUUUUAUGAAUUGUCUUGUAAAAAAUGAUAGGAUAUGUAUGUAGUGCACAAACGUUACCUUUCCGAGACUUUAAAGGAAAAAUAAUUUAAGAAACUGU